GGAACCGUAGCAGGGUUGCUGGAGAGGCUUGGGCAGCAGUCGACAUGUUCCAGGGUGUGGAUGGCGAGGCUGGCCGGGCAGGUUCCAGUACCAGGGAUCGAACUCAUGACUACCUGCUUGCAAGGCAGGCGCUUAUGCUGCUGAGCUAAAUCCCUCGCCCCCCAGAAGGGCCAUGAAACCCCCAGGAGGAGAAUCUAGCAAUCUUUUUGGAAGUCUGGAAGAAGCUGUUCCUUCAAAUAGGCCUAACAGGAUGGCAUCUAAUAUUUUUGGACCAACUGAAGAACCUCAGAACAUACCCAAGAGGACAAAUCCCCCAGGUGGUAAAGGAAGUGGAAUCUUUGAUGAAUCAACUCCUGUGCAGACCCGACAACGUCUGAAUCCACCUGGUGGAAAGGCCAGUGACAUUUUUGGUUCCCCAGUCACUGCAGCUUCACCGUUGGCACACCCAAACAAACCCAAGGACCACAUUCUUUUGUGUGAAGGAGAGGACCCAAAAUCAGACCUUAAAGCUGCAACAAGCACCUCACCACAAGACGAGCUGGGGACAAAGGGCAGCUCGAGAGAAGUGGACCAUACCAAGGAGUUGGAGCCCAUGCCUACAGUCGACAACCAUGAGCCCAGGCUGGGGCCACGGCCUCGCUCUCAUAACAAGGUCCUGAACCCACCCGGAGGCAAAUCCAGCAUCUCCUUCUACUGAGAGGCUCCUUAUAGCCAGACCAGAAACUCAAGAUAGGGUAUCAGAUGUUACCAUCUUCUUUAGGCCAAAAGAAUGGGGUGGGAGGGUUUGUGUGUGUGUGAGGCUGGCUGCCCAGGGCUCUCCUGUGCUCCUGAGAGCUGCACUGAGGUCCAUGCCUUCCUGACUGUUGGGAAACAGUUGGACUCCCUUGGGGUCUACUCAUUUGUUGUUGCUGACGGAGCAGAACUCUAGGAUGGGUGAGGGUAAGAAGACUGUGCAGCACAACAGGAGGCUUGUCAGAUUUUCCCUGUUGUUGCAUCAGUGUUCUCACUAGGCAUUUUAAAAGCUUUUGAAAGAAAACCCUGACAACCUGUACGUUUCUGUGGGACAGGGGAAGUAAGCAUGAGCAGAAACACUAAGAAGGUAGUGAAUUCUCUGUACAUCCCCUUUAGAUCCCAAUGCUAGUUACCUGUCACCAAUAUGGCUUUCACUCCAGAGAUUACUGUUGAACCCCAAUGUCUCCUUUUCAUUUUAUACCCAUUAUAUUGUCCUGCAAUCUUGGUUGCUCAUCCUCAGCAGCAGUUAUCUUCAGGUUCUCUGCAGAAUAUAUUUGUGCCCUGAUCCUCGGAGUUGCCAUGUUCUUGCAUCUAAUUCCCUGGCUAGCUUUCAUGCAGCUGUACACCUUUCUCUACAGGGACUUACUAUGGUCCUUGACAUGCCAGGUUUGCUUUUGUUCCUUUUCUUUCCUUUCAUCGGCCUUAAGACUAGGCCUUUGUUCCUCAUUGAUGAUAUAGAGAGUUUCCUUGCCAAGCCACAGCUCUUCCUUACAUAUCAGGUCUGCUGGCCUCUGUAGGACUUAAAAUCUCCGUGGUUACAUCUGAGUACUGGGGCUUAUUUGGACCUUUCCUGUAUCUCACUUUGUUCCUGUGUUUGGUUGGAAGAAGACAUACAUGAGAAGUUUGGGUUCUUUGGUUGAUUUCUUUAAUACUUCUUUUUAAAAAGCUGUUUUUUAAGAAUCGGUAUCACAUAAAUGCCUGUGGACUGCAUUUCUGACACCUUGCAGAAAAAAGUCCCCUGCUUAGGCACACCAAAGAGGAAGAGCUAGGGGCUUAGAAUUUAGCUCAGCUGGGACUGGAGAUUUAGCUCAGCGGCAUAAAAACCUGCCUUGCAAGUGGGUGGUCUUGAGUUCAAUUCUCAGUAUCGAUUAAAAAAAAAAAAAAGAAAGAAAAAAGAACUUAGCUCAGUGGCCUAAUCACCAGCCUACCAAGUACGAGGUCCUUAGCUUGAUCCCCAGUACCAAAAAAAAAAAAAGAGGAAGAGCUGCUUGAGCCACUUUUUAAAAGCUUUGCAGAACCUCCAGGCCAUAUUCACAAACAUGGUGCUUUCCCAGGAUGUUUAGUUUGACCUCAGAGUCACAACUGUCAUUCACUUGUGAAAAUACAGAGCUGGCAGAAAUCAUUGCUCCAUUUGUCAAGCAGACGUAACCCUGGAAAGACUACAGCCCCAGUUCCCUGCUUUCAAAUGACAGGAGAGGGUCAGAUGGUAUAGCUACUUCUCUGAGUGCCUACAAAGCUCACACUAGGUAUUAGAAACUUCAUCAUUAUUAAAUUUUGGAAAAGUCACAGCUCUAUGCAGUCACACUCACAUUGGCCUGUUUUUAAGUGCCUGCAGUAACUAUAUGAAGCUCUACUUCUUGUUUCUGGCACAUCAAGGAGUCUGUACAUGGCCAACCAAAGAGUUUCUCCCUUCGCUCGCCCUGCAGACUUUAGAGCUAAGAAACAAGUUCCAUGGAUGUCAUAAAUCAAAUGGGUUGUGGUUCAAAGUCACGAGAAUGUCAUUUGGAAUUAAGGUAUUAGUGUUUCCCAAUUAAAAAAGUCUUAAAUGAUUGCUUGCAUUUUAAGCACAAACUAACUUGUUUAACUUAUAAAGAUGUAUUCUAAUAGUAAAAAUGUACAUCAUUUGUGACUGUGUUUUCUUAACAAGAAAAUGAUCUGUGAAUUCCAAAUUUGAUUGCCAAGAAGAAAUGUGGACAUUAUAGAAUACUAGCCUCUGUUAUCAGUCCACUGUAAGGGAGGCUUCUAUUUCUACCCACUGCCAGGGAUUUCUGGGUGGAAAUGCAACUUAACAGCAGUGGCCUUGAGGCAGCAGAACAUCCUGCCUUGUUCCUGUAUCCACCCUGCCUUAUCUUCCUCUAAGCUUAGGGCCUUGGCAGUGCCUUCACUGCCAGGAGCAGAGAUGGCCUAGGUGAGCCCGGUGGUGUGUUGUCACUUGGAUUAGAAAGAUGCCCUCUGCAGCAAAGAGACAUUGAGAAAUUAUUAAUCUCUGUAUGUUUAUUAAGCCUUAAAACUUUUUAAGUGCAUUUGUUGCCAACAUUUUUCUAGAGCUGUAUCAAAGCAAGAAAUCCGUCCUCACAUCACAACAUAAUUUUGAUAGGAACCAUUUUUUAAUUUUUACAAGGUGUAAACAACGGGUGUAACAGUUUAAUUAAAUCUAGUAACUGUGAA